AUGACCCUUGUGACCGUGACCUCUCUCGAGGGAUUGGAAUGCAUGAACAAUUUUGAAGCCAAAACAUUCUGGACGAGCGGCUCGAACGAAGAUGAAAAUUGCAAUAUUGAAAAAAGAUACGCUUGGUGUUCAACUGGCUUCAACAUGUCGAGAAAACUGAUCGAAUCGGAAAAACUCUGGUUGCCGCCAAAAAACGCGAUCCCAUCUGCCACGGAGCGUUGUUUGGCCGUUUCCAUUUCCACAAAUACCUCGAAACAGGGCCUGGUGCACAGAAAGUGCGACGACGCCCUGCCCUUCAUCUGCCAGUAUUCCGUCGACUGUCCAAAGCUCUGCAUCCAAGACAUGACGUGGUUGGACAGUUUCCGCCAGUGUUGCGCUUUGGGAAUGGAGGCGCUCAACAUCGACAACGCAGCUGAGCAAUUGGGCCUUACUGCCCUGGCAAAGACAAAUAAAGCCAACUGGAAGGCAAAUUUCAACUACUGGACCAGUGGAACGUGGAAGGGUGCACCUGAGAAGCAGUGGUCGUGGUGCGAGCCCGAAGGACCCACAGUUUUCGCAAAGGGUCUUGUUUGGGAAAACUACCAGCCCGACAAUAAAGGAGGGAACGAGAGCUGCGUUCAUUUCCGCUUUACUUUGAACACAACGGGCACCAUCAUGACCGAUAGGAACUGCGCCAGUAAAUAUAUAUUUGCGUGCAAGAGUGCAUUGAAAACCACCCCAAAACCUUGUGUUGCUUCCUGCCCAACAGAGAAGUGUGAAAUUGAGACUAUUUCUCUUAUGGAAACUGAAUUUGCUCCAACGACCUAUGGAGAUUACUGGCUCUCUGGAACUGAUCUGGGGUGUGACACAAACUUCCGCUGGUGCACCCUGGGCCGGGACUUCGUUGACCCUGAGCUCACUUGGAAGGAGGGACACCCGAAACCCGGUCUGGAUUGCGUUUAUCUCGAAGUGAGGAAUGAAUCCGUGUUGCUGGCCACCGAUGACUGCGCCCAAAACAAGAGUUUUCUUUGCGAAGUGAGAAAGAAGGGAACCUUCCAAAGGGCAAUGCAGACCGAAUGCGCAGAAACUUGGGACAUCACCGUUGGUUACGCUGCUACAAUGAUGGUGGGCGAUACAGAGUUCAUCAACCAGACGCAUGAGGACUUGACGUACCUGAUCCCAAGACCAAAUUACGAGUAG